GUCAUUGUGGUGAAGUGUGCGCGUGGAAUCCGGGGCGCUUUUAUAAACGCUGCGCCAGCAGAAACUCAAGAGAGGCGCAUUGUGCUCGCUCCCGCGGCGCACCAAAUUUACACAGCUCGGUCCAAAGAAUAUUCCCCGCUUGGAGGCAGCUCAGUUGGUCUCGUUAGAAUUGAAACACCGCGUAGUUCUCACUUUACAUUCCAUAUUUAUUAAACUUUGACCAGUAUGAUUUGGGUAACUCUGUUCUGCGUCUUGGUAACAUCGCUGCAAGCUGAUGCGCGCCUCACUAAACGCUAUGUGAUCGGCGGAUGUCCGAGUCAGUGUGAUAAGUCCAUGUGUCCGUCGAUGCCAAAGGACUGUUCGACAGGACAGGUGAUGGAUCACUGUAACUGCUGCCUGGUGUGCGCGUCCGGAGAGGGAGAGGCGUGCGGCGGGGUGGGUAAGCUGGGGGACCCGGUGUGUGGAGAGAGUUUGGAGUGCUCCGUGACCGGAGGAGUGGGCUACUCUGCUACCGUCAGGAGGAGAGGAAAACAAGGCGUCUGCGUGUGUAAAAGCAGCGACCCGGUGUGCGGCAGCGAUGGGGUCUCCUAUCGGAACAUAUGCGAACUGAAGCGGGUCAGUAACCGAGCGCAGAGCCUGCAGCAGCCGCCGGUGCUCUUCAUACAGCGGGGAGCUUGUGGCACGGCGGCUCUCCAUGAUAACCCCAACAGCCUGAGAUACAAGUACAAUUUCAUUGCAGAUGUUGUAGAGAAGAUCGCCCCUGCCGUGGUUCAUAUUGAACUGUAUCGCAAGAUGGUGUACUCAAAGCGUGAGAUGGCAGUGGCGAGUGGAUCAGGGUUUGUGGUGUCAGACGACGGCCUCAUUGUGACAAACGCCCACGUGGUAGCCAAUAAAAACCGAGUGAAGGUGGAGCUUAAAAACGGAGCCUCGUAUGAUGCUAAGAUCAAAGAUGUUGAUGAAAAAGCAGAUAUUGCCCUCAUAAAGAUCGAUCCACCGAGUAAGCUUCCUGUGCUUUUGCUCGGCCGAUCGGCUGACCUCAGACCAGGAGAAUUUGUGGUUGCUAUCGGCAGCCCGUUUUCCCUCCAGAAUACGGUUACCACCGGGAUCGUAAGCACCACGCAGAGAGGCGGGAAAGAGUUGGGUCUACGAAACUCGGAUAUGGAUUACAUUCAGACGGACGCCAUCAUUAACUAUGGCAACUCAGGAGGACCAUUAGUCAAUCUGGAUGGUGAAGUGAUUGGGAUCAACACGUUGAAGGUGACGGCCGGAAUCUCCUUCGCUAUUCCAUCAGACAAGAUACGGCAGUUUCUUGCUGAGUCAUAUGACAGACUGGCCAGAGGUCGAGGAGCCACAAAGAAAAGAUACAUUGGUGUUCGUAUGAUGACCCUCACUCCUUCACUGUCCAAAGAGCUGAGAGGUCGACUGCACGACUUCCCUGACAUCACGUCAGGAGCCUAUGUGAUUGAGGUCAUCUCUAAAACCCCAGCUGCAGCAGGUGGACUUAAAGAGCACGACGUCAUCAUUUCCAUCAAUGGUCAGCAGAUCUCCACAGCGACGGAUGUGAGCGCAGCCAUCAAAAAAGACACCAGUUUACGCGUGGUGGUUCGACGUGGCAACGAGGACGUCAUCCUCACUAUCAUUCCCAUGGAGAUUGACCCUUGACCCUAAACAGAGCUGGUGUUCAUCGACCCCACCAAUGAACUUGCCGGGUGUGUCCUCUGCACCGCACCUUACGAGGAACAUCUGGCCAAUUGUCCAUGUUCUUGAAAUGACAAGCAGGGUGAAAGCUCACCCUGAGAUUUUAGACUGUACAGAGCACAGUGAUGUAGAUUCACAUUUAUUAAUGUUUUUAUUUUAAUCAUAAUGAUCGAUUUAGAACAUGCUACUACUGUUUACUGUUCAACAUAAGCCAUUGAACGUAAUUAGAUUUUCCAGAAUAUAGAUUUGCUCUUUCAUUACCCAACAGUUUAGUGCACAGCAACUUGAUUGGAAUUUCUAACCAUUUUUGUAAAAUAAAUUAAAUUUUUUGUUGUUUAAAAGAUUAAAAACCUUUUGAUAUUACGCUUUUCCAGAGUAAAAUUGUUUUUGUUUUUUUUAAUAAAAGUUUAUACGAUACAUUGGUGAUAACUUUUGUACCAGAAACUGAAAAAAAAAAUCUAUAAAUCAGCACGAUUGUUUUCAAUAAUAAUAAUAAGGAAUAUUUCUUGAGCAUCAGAUCAACAUAUUAAAAUGAUUUAUUAAAAUAAAGGAUCAUGUGACAAUAAAGACUGGAGUAAUGGCUCCUGAAAAUUCUUCUUCCAACCCCAUACUUUUGGAUGGUAGUGCACAUGUAUUUGCACAUCUUUGUGCACAGAUAGAACAUAUUUUAUUUAAUAUUUUUAUUGAAUAAUAUUUUUUAUUGUUUAUUAAUUCCAGCUGCUCAGCUUAACUCCAACGGUUCAAACAAAGUAAAAUAAAAUUCAAUCAGAUGCAUUUUCUGUACACAUAACAGAAUCAGCUAGAAUCACGAGCUUUCGGUGUACGUCAUACAUGGCACACACCCUCCAGUUGGCACUAGCAGAUGCCAAAAAUAAAAAGAAAGGGUCAGGAAUCAGGCCUGUUAUGAAAAAGUCCAGAGCCUUUGCCAGUACUGCCAGAAUGUUCACUGCUGUACAGCAUGAGCAAAUAAUUGAAAAAUCUGAUUAAGUUUCAGUUUGUUUUAUAACAAUCAUGGAGCAAGUUAACACUUCAGAAACAUUCUAAAUUGUUUAGGCAAGUGCUGUAACAACUGAUGUAGAAAUCACUGAUUUUGUAUAUACAAUAUAUAACACAUGCAUUGAUUGGAAAAUCACAGUGACAUCGAAAAGAGGUGAGAACCACUGGCAGACCUUAGUUAAACCUUUGUUUUUUUUCAGUAAUAAACCAAA